GCAUAGGUUACGCUGACUUGGAAAACCGUGUGCUCUGCAGUCCAGAGACUGUCCUACGAAUUGCCAGCAUUAGCAAAUCUCUGACCAUGGUGGCUGUGGCAAAGCUGUGGGAAGAAGGGAAGCUGGAUUUAGAUACUGCUGUGCAGAAGUAUGUUCCGGAAUUUCCUGAAAAAGAGUAUGAAGGUGAAAAGGUCACCAUUACCACAAGGCUGCUUGUGUCCCAUUUAAGUGGCAUUCGCCACUAUGAGAAGGACAUUUCUAAGGUCAAAGAAGAGAAAGAAAAGGCCAACAGAAAGGCCUCAAGAACGGCAGUUUCUGCUGCGAAGGAGAAGGAGGACGGAGAGCCUGGGAAGAAGAGGGACUCGGCUAAAGGCAGGACGGAAGAGGAAGGCAAGCCGGCAAAAAGUGGGAAGAAGAAAAGGGAGUUUGAGCACGAAGAGUAUUACUUGAAGGACAAAUUUGAGCAUGUGGUUGACUCCCUGAACAUCUUUCAGAAUGAUCCUUUAUUCUUUAAACCAGGUAUUACAUUCACAACAAAAAAGGCCAUCUCGUCAACGCCCCCUACGUGGACAACUCUUACAAGUGGGCUGGUGGUGGCUUUGUGUCCACUGUGGGCGACCUUCUCAAAUUUGGAAAUGCCAUGCUUUACAGCUACCAGCUUGGGCGGGUGAAAAACCCGGCUGCUGGACUUCUUCCUGGCUAUCUCAAGCCUGACACAAUAGCAACGAUGUGGACCACAGUCCCAAGCACGAGAGCCUCCCAGGAGAGCGAUUACGCCUAUGGAAUGGCCUGGGUCGUCGUAGAGAAGAAGCAGGAAUAUGGCCACUGCAAAGAGCUGCGACACUACACCUUCCACACUGGCGCGGCGGUAGGAGCAAGUAGCGUCCUACUUAUCCUUCCUGAAGAAGGGACUGCCAGCGGUAGCUGCCUGGUCCCACCCCAAGGCGUGGUCGUCACAAUUAUUUGCAACAUGCAGUCUGUUCACCUUGAUGGCAUUGCCUUAAAAAUUGCAAAGGAAUUUGAAAAGGACAGGUUGGAGAAGAAAUGUGGAAGACUUGAGUGAUUACAAGCAUCUGUAGCGCAGGAGGCCCCCUCCCUCCCUGUCUCUUUCUCAAGUGGAUAGUGCAGCAUUUGACCACUCAUGGGAUAAGCAGACCUUCAUUGAGGGGACGGGAAUGUAGAGUUUUUCUGAUUCAAAUCGUGAAAGGCAUUAGCCAAAUACAUGUGCCAAUCGGACGGUCCACCUCCUCUUCUGCAAAUUGUGAAGCACAGGCUGUAUGCUUGGAACUUUUGCACUGCAGUGAAGACGGCUCUCGGAGAAUUGCAGUCAUGGACAGAGGGGGGAUCUCACCUGCCAAGGUUUGGGUCUCCAUGGGCCUUUGCAAGGGGGAUUCCACCCAGAAGACAUCUGAAAGCCAACAGUGAAUGAAACUGCUUUCCCUCGUGGCUGAGGCAGUUACCGAUGGAGGCCACUCUUCCAAUAUGCAAAAUCGAUGCAGAAUGUCACUGCCAAUACCAUGAAUCGGCUGUCCAAGAUUACUUCAAGCCUCAGAGCGGGUGCUGGCCUUAGAAUUCUGCUUGGUGGACUAUUUAUUUUGUAAUAACUUGCUGCCAACCCGGGCAUCAGAUCGUGAUUGCUCCAUGUGAUCUAAUAUUUGAUUCCUUUAAAAAAAAAAAAAAAA